UGGUUUUUUUGCUCACUGGGAGUGUCAUCCUGCCUCUCUAUCUCUCUCCUUCAGUGUGCCUUUACCUCGCUCGCCCUCUCGCAGUCUGUGUCUCCUCUCUUCCCUCAGAGCAGCACAAGUCUCAACACAGCCGUCAAAAUGUUUCUGGCAAAGAAUUUAAUUGGAGGCAUCAUUAAUAUUGUGAGCAACAUCGACCCCGCUCAGUUCAUUCCUUCAGACCCUCCUCCCCCUCGCAGACCUCUGAACUUCGCUGAGGCUCAUGAGAACGAUGAGGAGAAACAGUUUCGGAAGGUUUUCAAGCAGCUGGCCGGAGAUGACAUGGAGGUGAGCCCCAGUGAGCUGAUGAACAUCCUCAACAAAGUCAUUUCCAAACAUGGAGGCCUGCAGACUGACGGUUUCAGCAUUGAGUCCUGCAGGAGCAUGGUCGCUGUCAUGGACAGUGACAGCACAGGGAAACUGGGCUUCCAUGAGUUCAAAUACCUCUGGAAUAACAUCAAGAGAUGGCAGAGCAUCUAUUUAUCCCAUGAUCGGGAUCACUCAGGUGUGAUCGGCUCUGACGAGCUGCCAGCCGCCUUCAAGUCUGCAGGUUUCCCUCUGAAUGAUCAGCUUUUCCAGCUGAUUAUCCGUCGCUAUAGUGAUGAGCAUGGCAACAUGGACUUUGACAAUUUCAUUGGCUGCCUGGUGCGCCUGGACGCCAUGUGCAGAGCCUUCAAGACCCUGGAUAAGGACAACAGCGGCUCCAUCGACCUGGACAUCAAGGAGUGGCUUCAGCUGACGAUGUACUCAUGAAGCGAUGGAGGGACGCUGCUCCUCAACAAAACCUCUUCUGCUUCUCUUCUUUUAUUUCUUACCUCAUAUUCUCUCAUUCCACUUCAUGACAUCUGUGCUCAUGGAUGUGUUUGAAGCCCCUCUGUCUCCAUGGUAACGGGACCAAAAAUGCCAGCAUAGAGCUUAAGUCAAGGGAAAAAUCAAACUUGGACCGAAGUGGAGCCGAUGCCGUUGCUGCUGCUUGCACCGUCCUGCUGCCGCCAGGCGGCGGCGCUACAACGUCCCUGUGUCACAGAUUUCUAUAUUUCAUGUUUUAUGGCAAAUUUUUAAAGGUUUUUAAAUUUUUAUUUGGCUGAAACUGUUUGUAGAACUGACUCUGAAUGUUUAACAGAAUAAAGCAACACAACUGACACAGCUGGCAUUUAAGUGUUGUGGUGGCUAGUUGUGGGUGUGACACUU